AUGGCAGCGGACGGGACGAGAGGGCCUGCUUGGACUUCUUCAUCUCCUCGGCGCAGUGGCUGCUGCAGUGGCGCUCGCGGGACGACGCCCUCGCACAUCUGCUGCAGCAGCACAGCGAUGACGGCGCUCGCGUGCUGCCUGCCGGCGACAACAGCGGCGGUGGCUGAGUCCGACUUUCCCACGCGGAGGCGGUCGUGGUCGGCCAAGCGCUUUGAAGUCCCCACGGCGGCGUCCGGCCCCAAGCAGCAUUCACGGUGCCCAAGUGACGUGGUCGACGGGGAACCGCUCGUAUGGCUCUGUGAGUCUCCUCGUCGUUCCGGCAGCUGUGGCCCCCGCCCCGCACGGUGUAGCGACGAACUUGACCUCUGCGAUGACGGCUACUGGAUGACGAACUUGAGCUCACCGCCGAGGAGCACCCGCGCCGUCACCUGGUCCCGUCACCCGAAGCACCUCCCGCCCCUCGAACACUCACGGCAGAGAGAGUGUCAGUUCGUUUCCUGCCGCGCGGAUCUUGCACAAUUCGGAUGA